AUGAUAGAGCUCUCCGAGCACACUGUAAACACAGGAAGCGUCAGCGUAUGCGGGAGGGGGAUGAGGCACGUAGAAGGAGGUUGGCCUAAGGAGGUUGACUCAACAGACCCGCAGGAGGUUGCAAAGUGGAAGAAAAGGGCAGAAAGGGACCCAGCCUUCCUGCAAAGCGUCAAGCAGCUAACCGCUGACUGUACUCGCGUACUUCAGCAAAACCUUGUGGUUGAUCUAUUUCAAGAUUACUUCAAGGGGAUGGAAAUUUCCAGAGGGAAUGAGCAACGUAUGUAUGCCAAGUCUAUAGCACUCCUCAAGGACCACCCUGGGUGCUGCAAAAGGUCAGUGACAUGCAUUGCUUGGCAUCCUGAUGGCCCUCAGAAACUAGCAGUUGGCUACGGCAUUAUGAAGUUUCAAGGUCAACCAGAGUCUCUUCCUACUUGCGCACUCCUGUGGGAUCCGCGUCAUCCCAACGAGCCCGUAACAGAGUUGGGAUCGCCGAGUCCGGCAGUUUCUUUGGCCUUUAACACAAAAAUUUCAGAUAUGCUUAUUGGAGGCUGCUACAAUGGGGUUGUCUGCCUAUGGGAUCUGCGCAAGGGAACGAAGCCAGUUGAAGUGUCGGUUUGCGGCACCAGCCACUAUGAUCCCGUAUACGAGGUCGUGUGGACACAAAGUAAGACAAACAGCGAGUUCGUAUCAGCUUCUACGGACGGACGAGUCUUGUGGUGGGACUGCAGGAACCUGAAAGAACCAGUCGAGGAGUGCAGGUUAACUCCACCAAUGCAACAGAAUUCAGCGGCUGGUUCUCAGGGAUGCACUGGGGUUGAUGAAAACGAAGUCUCCGAACUUGUAGGAGCCAGGUCUCUAGCUUGGUCUUUAGAGGCGGGACCAACGAAGUUUCUUCUAGGGACUGAGCAGGGCACUCUGUUGAGCUUGAAGACGCGGCCUAAAAGGCCCCCCGAGAUCAGCCAGUGGUUUGGCUGCGAUGGUGGGCAGCACCAUGGGCCAGUAAGCGCCGUCAGAAGGAACCCCUUCCACAGCAAGUAUUUUUUGUCAGUAGGCGACUGGACCGCCAAGCUAUGGAUGGAAGAAGUGCGCACUCCGCUGAUAGUAACGCCCCAUCAUCCGGCUACUCUCACCGACGGGCAGUGGAGUCCUACACGUCCUGGAUUGUUUAUGGUUACACGAAGCGAUGGUUUUCUCAGCUUUUGGGACUACUACUACAAGCAGCAUGAAGUAGCCUUCCAGCACAAAGUCGGGACCUGUCCGCUAACCCGCCUUUCGGUUCAAGCCCAAGGUGAGCUUGUCGCCGUGGGAGAUGCUGAAGGACGGGUGACAGUGCUCGGCCUGUGCGAAGCGCUACAAGCAUGCGCCGCCAAUGAAAAGGUAGUAGUCGGAUCAAUGUUUGAGCGUGAAGCAAGGCGUGAGAAAAACAUUGAAAUGACAAAACGGCAAGCAGAAGGUAAAAGGCAGGAUGAGAAGCAGCAAGUUCAAACUCAAAGUGCGGUAAUUCAGGAAGCAGUCGAAGCUGCAAGAGCAGCGUUUUUCAAAGAGCUUCAGGAUGACCAAUCUCCACCUACAGCGUAA